AAUAUAAUCCGCACCAGAUUGGGAAAUUCACGUCGAAGUAUCCCCCAAUAAAUAGUUUGAACAGUCAAUAAUUAAACAGUAAUCUCUUAUAUUAUUCAUUGAUUUAAUUGGACUGCAAGUCAAAGUAGAAUAUUAUGUCAUUUGGAUCUUCUGCUGCUCAAAGAUUAGCUAAUAAAACUAUUCUUAUAACUGGAGCAUCAGCUGGGAUAGGUAAAGCUACAGCUUAUGAAUUCGCUGAUGCCUCAAAUGGAGAAAUUAAAUUAAUUCUUACAGCUAGAAGAUUAGAUAAAUUAAGUGAACUUGCACAUGAUUUACUUGCUAAAUAUCCAAAACUUCAACUUCAUGUUGUUGAUUUAGAUGUUAGUAAACUUGAAACCAUUCCAAGUUUUAUUAGUAAUUUACCAAAGGAUUUCGCCGAUAUUGAUGUUCUUGUAAAUAAUGCUGGUUUGGCUUUAGGUAAAGAUCCAGUAGGACAAAUAUUACCUGAAGAUAUUCAACAAAUGUUUCAAACCAAUGUAUUAGGAUUAAUAACUUUAACUCAAGCUGUAUUACCAAUUCUUAAAGCCAAGAAUUCUGGUGAUAUUGUUAAUUUGGGUUCUAUUGCUGGUAGAGAUCCAUAUCCUGGUGGAGGAAUCUAUUGUUCAACUAAGGCUGCUGUCAAAUCAUUCAGUCAUGUAUUGAGAAAGGAAUUGAUCAAUACAAAGAUUAGAGUCAUUGAAGUUGAUCCUGGUAAUGUCGAGACUGAUUUCUCAAUUACUAGAUUCAAGGGUGAUGUAACUAAAGCUAAAGAUGUAUACAAAGGUACUGAACCUUUAAUAGGGGAAGAUAUUGCUGAAAUCAUUGUAUUUGCCGUAUCAAGAAGACAGAAUACCGUUAUUGCUGAAACAUUGGUAUUUGCUACUAAUCAAGCUAGUGCUACACAUUUAUAUAGAAAUGAAUAGUUAACUGGGCAAUAGACACUAUUACCAUUGUGUUAUUUACAUAUAUAUUUAGAAACUACAUUAUUUAAUCUUAUAAAUGCCAUUUAUACAUCUAUAAUCAAAUAUAGUCAUAUAAAU